GUAAAUACUACUAUAGGAAUAGGAAUUUUUUGCCGACACCACCUUCAUCCAGUGUCAUAUAUAUACAUAUUCAUUCUCUCUCUCUCUCUCUCUCUCCAGCUGUGAAGGCAGAGAAACACCCACCAUCCGUAGUACGUACAACAAAACAUGCAUUUGUACAUCCACAUUACAAAGCAGAUCUAAGAUUUGAUUCAAAGACCAGACAAUAGAGUCCCAUAUCUUGGUUUCUUGAUCUGAAGGGUUAAAAAAUCUUGUAGAUACACUGUUCUUUGAAGAAAUAGUUAUGUCAAGGAGGCCAGCAAAUCCCACAAGGCGAUUAGCAGGAAGUGGUCCAUUUGGGGGAAUCUUCCAUCCCAAAUCACGCAUUCCACCUUUCUUAUCUGUUGUCCUCAUUAUAUUGGGUUUUGUUCUUUUGAUAGGCCAUUUUCGCAGUGGCUCAGGUAUAUUUGGGGGUCAGAAAGAAUCAACAAAUAAGGGUGAAGGUGACUUUUCUUGCACAUCUGAAGUUCAGAAAGCAAUACCUGCUUUAAGAAAAGCAUAUGGUGACAACAUGCGCAAAGUUUUGCAUGUGGGCCCUGACACUUGUUCGGUGGUUUCUAAAUUAUUAGAAGAGGAUGGAACCGAAGCAUGGGGUGUAGAACCAUAUGACAUAGAGGACGCUGAUGGGCGAUGCAAAGCUCUUGUACGCAAAGGCAUUGUACGUGAGGCUGAUAUCAAAUUUCCCCUUCCGUAUAGAGCGAAAUCAUUUUCUCUUGUCAUUGUGUCUGAUGCAUUGGAGUAUCUCUCACCAAGGUACCUGAACAAGACUCUUCCAAAUUUGGCUAGAGUGUCUGCUGAUGGACUUGUUAUUUUUACAGGUUAUCCUGGUAAACAGAGAGCUAAAGUUGCAGAGUUAUCCAAAUUUGGGCGUCCGGCCAAAAUGCGGAGUGCGUCUUGGUGGAUGCGCUUCUUUGUCCAGACCAGCCUAGAGGUGAAUGAAGCUGCCGCUAACAAAUUUGAGCAAGCCGCAACCACGAUGUCGUACAAGCCUAGCUGCCAAGUUUUCCACCUCAAUUCGUAUCGUUGAUAUCCUAGAUAGUUCGAUUAUCUCUUCAUGAUUUUGAAAAAUCAAAGUCAGCUAGUGUUUUCAGUUUUUGAUAUGUUUCCUACAUGGGAGUAAUUCAUUUUGGCAAAGGGAUGUAGAUCAUAUUCUUACCAUUUACACGUGCUUUUUGGAGAAGCUCUUUAUCAUAAUGUUCAUUGUUAUGAUGACUGCUAUUAAA